CACUGAAAGAAACAUAAUGAACCGGCUACUGAUUUUUAAUUCUUUAUUACGACGUAAUGAAACCGAUCCAUUUUUGAAGAAGCUGAUGACUGGUAAUGACAAGUGGAUAACGUACGACUAGAACGUAGGAAAAAGCUCGUCGUCAAAGGCCGGUCAGGCUUCACGGACUCUGGUGAAACCCGGGUUAACUUGCAACAAGGUAAUGCUGUGAGUGUGGUGAGAUUGGAAGGGCAUUAUUCAUUAUGAGCUGUUACUGCCAGGCAGGAUCAUCAAUUCUGAACUGAUCGGUGUGACUUCUUUAUAUUCCCUAAAAUAAAAAAUCAGCUAAACGGGAUAUCGUUUUCAUCGCCGGAAGAAGCGCUAGCAGCGUUUGAGAAGUCCGUGGAAGAGUUGUCUGCGGAGGACUGGAAAAAAUGAUUUGAAAUUUGGUUCAGACGCAUGAAACUUUGUAUAGAGGCUGGUGGAGAGUUCUAUGAAAAGAUUUAAUAAAAAUAUUUUUUUCAUAGAAGUUCAAUUUUUAGUUUCUCAAAACAUUCUGAGUGUACCACGUAUACUAUUGAAGCUCCUAACAGUUUCUUGGUGGCAAUGUGUCAUUCCUUGCUAUUUUGUAACGAAAAUAAAAGAUUUGAGUAACCAAUCGCGCGAGAUUGACGAGAUGCCACACUUAACGAGCUGAUAUGUCCGAUACUGUAUAGUUAUUUCAUUAAUGCUAAUUUGAGAUACCUAACACAGAAUAAAAUUAUGAUUACGAAACAGCCGCAGCCGCGGCAGAAUUAGUUUAUUUAUUUACCUAACCACGGUAUACUAAAGAUGUAUAUUAUAAAUUUUCCAGCGUAUACUGUAAGCGUGCCGGACCUGUCGAGGUGCAAGGCCGCGGCGCGUACGGAAACGGGAUGGGUGUGCGGCGCCCGGCGGCGCGCCGUCUCCGGAUCAGUAUACGCGAGCUUCCUCGGCGUUCCCUACGCUAAACAACCCCUGGGAGAGCUCAGGUUUCAGGAGCUCCUCCCAGCAGAGCCGUGGGACAACAUCAGGGAAGCAAAGGCCGAAGGUCCCGUGUGUCCUCAAACGGACGUGUUCUACGGGCGGAUAAAGACGGCCAGCGGCGGCAUGAGCGAGGCGUGCAUCCACGCCAACAUCCACGUGCCUAUCGAAGCGUUGCCCGACCCCAAAAAGCCCCCCAGCUGUGGUGCAAAAGCAGCCCCGGGUCUACCGAUCCUCGUGUUCAUUCAUGGCGGAGGCUUCGCAUUCGGCUCUGGCGAUACGGACCUUCAUGGCCCCGAGUACCUCGUCAGCAAAGGCGUUAUUGUUAUCACCUUUAACUAUAGGUUGAAUGUGUUCGGCUUCCUGUCCCUGAACAGCACGCAGGUGCCAGGUAACGCGGGCCUGCGCGACGCCGUGACGCUUCUGCGGUGGGUGCAGCGUAACGCGCGCUUCUUCGGGGGCUCGCCCGGCUCCGUCACGCUGGCGGGACAGAGCGCCGGCGCGGCCAUAACGCACAUCCUGACACUCUCUACCAGCGCGCGCUCGCUAUUCCACAGGGCAAUACUACUAAGCGGCACAGCUUUCUCCGACUUCUUCAGCUCCUCACCGCUGUUCGCCAAGACAAUAAACAGCCUCUUUUUGCCCCUAAUAGGAAUCAACGCCACUCUUCCCGCCGACGAGAUCCAUCAGAAACUCAUCGAGACCCCUAUCAACGCGAUCAUGGAAGCGAACAAAAAGCUCAUAAAUUUGUUCGGAACGACAACAUUCACGCCUGUCGUGGAGUCUUAUCAACCUGGGAUUACUCCGAUAUUAGAAGACGACCCCGAGGUUCUACUUGACAGCGGACGAGGGAGUGAAAUUCCUCUGCUGAUAGGGUUCACAGACGCGGAAUGCGAAUCGUUCCGGCCGAGAUUCAAGCAGAUCGACAUAGUGGCGCAGAUAGAAAAAACGCCCGAACUCGCUGUAUCACCUCGACUCAAAUUCAUGAGCGGCGACCAGCUUCCCGUAGUAGCCGAACUCAUGCAUAAUAAAUAUUUCAAUGACACGCUAGACUAUGAUAGCUUCUUGCGACUGUGCACGGAUCAGUAUGUUAAGUACCCAGCGUUGAAGUUGGCCAGUAAGUCUUCGGGGAAAGCGCCAGUGUUCAUGUACAGACCUCACGUACAUAUUCCGCACAAAUUCCGUGCUGGGCCCGCUCAGGACCAACGAGUUGACGAGGCGCGACGACGACGCCAAAAUGAAGAACAAGAUGACAGACAUCAUCGUCAACUUCAUGAGAUACAGUCACCCGAUGCCGGGCCCGCUGGUAGCAGGCCGAUGGCAGACGGCAGCACGCCGGCCGCCGCUGUACCUGGAGGCAAACGGCCCGAGACGCCUGUACCCCACGCGAGCCUCGCCCUACGAACAACGCCUGCAAGCCUUCUUCGAUCAUCUAUACAAGAUCGCACGCCAACACUAACACAAGAUCAGAUUUAAUAAAGCUUCUUCGAGGUACGAGUUGUCUCAUUCUAUUGCUAUCGCAAAGCAGAGAUGCAUUCUCUCUAGAGAUCGCAUACAAAGGCACCAGCUUUUACCAAGCUUGUGUAGUAUACUACAUCGUAAACGUCUCGAUACAAAUUUGCAACAAAUGUUUUAUCCGACCAUGACAUAAUACUGACGUAUUUAAUCAAAAUGCGGCUUACCCUCCCCGCACGACGCAACUUUAGGGAUUUAUAAAUCGAAAAUGUUAUAGCAAAGCAAAGAAAGUGACAACAUUGACUUUAGAGUUUAAAGUUAAUGAACUUCUCGGAGUGCGACUGCGAACCAUGAAUUCAAUACUCGGCGUUUCAUUAGACAUUGAAACCAAUGCACCUACAGUGUUUUGUGAAAGAUUUUAUAACAGUCGUGAUGCAUUAGCAAAUCCAUCUCUUGAUCUUAUCGUAAUGAAUUUUUCAAUACACUUGCUCAAAAAAAUGCUUUUACGGAGGUUGUAUACAUUGUUCCAAAGAUCAAAUGACGAGUCAUCCAACAGAGCUUGCGCUAAAGAUUUUCACCGCACGCACCCAUACAUGGCACCGUGCGUAUUCUUUACGGUUUUUUUUUUGUUUUUUUUUGUCAUUGCAUUUUACAUCUAACGUCUUGUCUCGUCAUCGGAGCGUCUUGAUCGAUGAGAGAUUGUGCGAGAAGGGGGGAGUCCUUUUUCUGGGAUAGGCUACGAGGAGGAACAUCGUAUUUUGAGCUCGCUUGAAAAUAAUUAAAGAAGAGAAUAGGAGAUGAAAGGUGGCUAAGUAAACACCAAAGGAAGACGAUGUCGUAGUUGUUUAAGGAUAAUUUAAUAGAAAAUCCCAUAUCUGUAAGUACAAUUUUAAUUUCUGGAUAGUUAGGAAUCUUUAGAGAAAAGUGCAUAUCUACUGCAUUUAUUUAUUGUUUUAUGGGUUCGUAGGCGUAUUGGUUAACUGUUGGUCUUCAUACUUAAAUGUGAUGAAUCAUUCUACUUGAAUUAACCAAGAAUUAGUUGGCUUUAUUUCUUACAACAAAAUGGCGACGUCAUGAGACCACGCUGUGGUGAACAAACUUAACAUGGCUUGAUGAACAGUGUGGACUCCUAAUCUUCGAAUAACAAGAAUAUAAGAAGCUGUCACCAUCGUAACUGUCUUCUCAGCUACCCAGUUCAACGUAUUUCAUCAAGGAAUGUAAACUUAGUUUGUCAACGUCGUACAAUAAGGUAAAAAGAGUAUGUAUUUAAUUUAAUAACGUUGGAAAUUAAAUAUCAACGCCACCACUCUACGAAUAGACCCAGUAUAUGGUAAAAUAAAGUUGUUUCAAUCAUUUCUCAGCAUAAACUACACCUGAAAUAAUAAAGUCUUUUGUUCCGAUUUUGAUAGUCGGUGCAUAACAUUAUCAACUUAAGAAUAUGUUACAACGUGUAUAAAUAUUUUGCACUAGCCCGUAACUUUACAAUAUUUGUUUAUUAAUUAUAACGUGUUUAUUAUUCUCAUAAAACUUUUAUGAAAUAAUCAAAUAUUUAAAGGAAUAGAAAUCGACUUCAUGUCUGUUUCAAAAGCAAAAUGUUCCGUUUUAAAAAAUAAAUGAACAAUAAAUGUACAGAAAAAAUAUUUGUAUAAGUAUAUGGUACUGCCAAUAACAUCUACCCGCAAUUACUUC